AUGCCGAGCAGACCUUUUAUUGAGCUCACAAAUCUUUUCCUUGGCUAUCCCAGGUACCUGGUCAUCGACCAUGCCGAGGCUAAUCCUGUACUUUUGAAUGGUGGCGGCAUUUCCGUGGCCCCCAUCGUGAAUUACCACAAGAUUGAGGUUAUGGGUCCGAAGUAUUUCCACGAUAUCUCCCCUUACUUCUCAAUUGGAUUGAAGUGGAUCUUCGAGCUUUAA